AUGCGUUUGACAUCAACAGCUUCAAUCAAGAAGCUUCAAUCACGCGAGAUUUCUUCAAAACCUCACCGUGCUUUUGUUGCUGCUACUGCUCCACAUAGAUUCCAGAACAUGCGUUUGACUCAUCAAUUUGAUACUCAUUACGCUAAACACCGUUCUUCUCCUAAACCUUUCUUGCCGUUCUUGAUGAAAAGGACUAAGGUUGUUGAGAUCGUUGCUGCUAAGAAUGUUGUCUUUUCUCUUGCUCAUUCUGGUCUUUGUGCUGCUUUUAGUAGAGAAACAAAUGAGAGGAUUUGCUUUAUGAAUGUUAGCCCUGAUGAAGUUAUCCGCAGUCUCUUCUAUAACAAGAACAACGAAUCACUUAUUACAGUGUCUGUUUAUGCUUCAGAAAAUUUCAGUUCUCUGAAAUGCAGAUCUACAAGGAUUGAAUACAUAAGGAGGGCUGAGCCUGAUGCUGGUUUUCCUCUUUUCCAGUCCGAGUCUUUAAAAUGGCCUGGAUUUGUGGAAUUUGAUGAUGUUAAUGCAAAGGUUCUAACAUACUCUGCGCAAGAUAGUAUAUACAAGAUCUUUGACCUUAAAAACUACACUAUGCUAUACUCAAUUUCAGAUAGGAAUGUUCAAGAGAUCAAGAUCAGGUUUUGUUGAGAAAGAAAACUGGCUGGAGACAAAAGGCUCUGGGGAAAUAGGCUAAGGUUGAGAAUUGGUUAUACAUGUUU